AUGGCGGCGCGGGACAACUCUGCUGAUUUUGACACUUCAUGGGAUGUACUCUCCUCCUCUCUUCGAGAAAUUCAUACCAAGAAUGCCUCGAACCUCUCGUUUGAAGAAUUAUACCGGAAUGCGUAUAAACUGGUCCUCAGGAAGAAAGGCAUGGAUCUCUACGAUCGUGUCACCACAUAUAUUGCUCCGUCACUUACGUUGGAAGGUGAUGCAGUCGACACGCUGGAUCAAGUGAACGAGAGAAGAAUAGCAGGUGAACGCUUCCUAGGGAAAUUAAGAGAGGUUUGGGAAGAUCACCAGCUUUGUAUGGGAAUGAUUACGGAUGUACUUAUGUACAUGGAUAAAGUAAUCCUCCAGGACAAACUCCGCCCGUCGAUAUACGUCACCGCGAUGUGUUCAUUUCGUGACUACGUCCUAAAUGCAGACAUUGGGGGGAAUAGACAAAUGACCGUUGCUGAUGUCUUUGAAGCCACCGUUCUGUUCCUGAUCCGGCUUGAACGCGAUGGAAAUAUCAUUGAUCGCCCCUUAAUACGGCAUUGCAUAUAUAUGCUUGAAGGGCUGUAUGAGACGGAAAGAGAAGAGGAGUCUGGAAAACUUUAUGUCACAUCCUUUGAGCCGUCUUUUCUAGAGUCGAGUCGACUUUUCUACCUCGCGGAAGGUCAACGUCUGCUUGCCACAGCCGAUGCCUCGACGUUUUGUAAGCGAGUGGCCGAAAGGUUGCGAGAAGAGGAAGAACGCUGUCGCUAUACUUUGUCUCCGGCGACAGAGCACAAGAUCAAACAGGUUAUUGAUGAGAAUCUAGUCGAGAAACACAUUGGGAAUAUCAUAGCUAUGCCCGAUAGCGGGGUCAAGUAUAUGCUAGGUAAUGAUCGAUUACCUGAUUUGAAGAAUGUCUACGAGUUAAACUCGAGGGUCGAUGAAAAGAAGCGGGCCUUAACAUCAGCUGUACAAGCUCGUAUCGUCGAACUAGGAUCAGAAAUCAAUAAAGCAGCGAAGGAUUUUUCGCAAGGACCUCUCCUAAGUCAAAAGCCCUUAGACCAAGCUGCAAAUGGCACAAAAGGCAAGAGUCCAGAUGAUAAGGCUCCAGUAAACUUACAAACAGCAGCUGCAAUUAAAUGGGUGAAUGAUGUUUUGCAGUUGAAAGCCAUGUUUGAUAGGGUUUGGGAGAUGUCUUUUAAUGCAGACCAAGGGAUGCAAACCUCCAUAACGACAAGUUUCGCGGACUUCAUCAAUGCAAACCCCCGAAGCUCAGAAUAUCUGUCCCUUUUCUUCGACGAAAACUUGAAGAAGGGAGUUCGAGGUAAAACUGAAGAAGAAAUAGAUGCUUUACUGGAGAGCGGAAUCACCCUGCUGCGAUAUAUUCGGGACAAAGAUCUCUUCGAGACUUAUUAUAAGAAACACCUUUCCCGACGAUUACUUAUGAAGCGUUCUGCAAGCACAGAUGCUGAACGACAGAUGAUCGAAAAAAUGAAAAUGGAGGUUGGCAACACCUUCACUCAAAAAUUAGAAGCCAUGUUCAAGGAUAUGGAAUUAUCCUCGGGCCUCACAUCCAAAUAUGCGAAUUAUAUUUCGCAGCAAGAGUCAGAUUCAAAACGCAUUGAUCUCGAGAUCAACGUGCUCACGAGCACCAUGUGGCCAAUGGAAAUGAUGACGAACUCGAAUAAAGAUGGCACUCUAGCAACCCAAUGCACCUAUCCAAAAAACAUCGAACUUCUUAAACAAAGCUUCGAGCAAUUCUACCUUGGCCAACACAAUGGGCGCAAAUUGCAAUGGCAAUCUGGCAUGGGCACAGCCGAUAUUCGAGCUACCUUCCCGAGACCAAAUGGUAAGGUCGCUCGUCAUGACUUGAACGUUUCCACCUACGCAAUGGUGAUUCUAUUGCUAUUCAAUGAUCUAGGUGCAGAUGAAUCACUCUCUUUCGAAGAAAUACAAGCUCGAACAAAUAUCCCAACCAAUGAGCUCUCAAGGAAUUUGCAGUCUCUGGCUGUAGCCCCCAAAACCCGGGUGUUGAAGAAGGAGCCCAUGAGUAAGGACGUGAAAUCGACAGAUCGAUUCUUCUUCAAUGAAGGAUUCCACAGCGUGUAUACCAAAGUUAAAAUCGGCGUCGUUAGCAGUGCUGGUAACAAAGUCGAAAACAAAGAUGAACGGAACGAAACUGAAAAGAAGAUGAAUGACGAACGGGGCGGUGGAAUUGAAGCUGCCAUCGUACGGAUUAUGAAACAACGCAAGAAGCUUUCCCACACCCAGUUGAUGACGGAAGUAAUCUCCCAACUCGCAUCCCGCUUCACCCCUGAAGUGAACAUGGUCAAGAAGAGAAUCGAGAGCCUUAUAGAUCGUGAAUACAUUGAUCGAAUUCCAGACUCCGAACCACCAGCUUAUGUUUAUCAUGCAUAG